AUGGAACACCAACAUUAUCCUGUUGUUAUCUGUGAUGAUUUCAUGAAUCGUAUCAGCCUUUCCGGCAAGGAGUCGGGGGACCAGGCGACACCUCCAUCUCUCAAAGAGAAGAACUAUGAGCUGAAUCGCUUGAGUCUGGUGCAGAUAGUGAUUCUGCUCCAGUUCACUGUAUCGGCUGCCCUUACCAUCUUUGCCAUAGUUGGUGUUUCGAUAAACCAGCCAAUAGGAUUCAUCCUCCUGCUUGCUCUGCUACAGUUUAUCAUCACCGUUCCUGGAUUCGCUUACUAUUUCACAAAAAAGCCAGGUAAUAAAUUUCAUUUUUUAUGA